UUAUGUUCUUUCAGUGUUAAACCUAGGAAUACUUAUCUAUCAAGAACUCUUAUUGCUCUAUUGACUUAUCGAGGUGUUCCCAUGGAGUAUUUCUUUGAUAUACUUAAGAAUACUUUGGAGGAGACACAAAGGUUAUACUCAGAUGAGUUGACAGCACUAAAAGUUGCAGCGAACCAUAGAGAUCGUGAUGAUGCCUCUAUUGCCACAAGUAUGAUAAUGGCUGGAGUACCUCUCACUGAACCAUAUCUUUGGUGUUGUUUAUCUUCCCUGGCAAAGGAAGAAAGAAAUGGGCUGAAAGCAGGAAGACUUCCUAUCUCUGAUACUUUCUAUCUAAUGGGCACAGCUGAUCCCACUGAUACUUUAAAUCCUCAUGAAGUCUGUGUUAUUCUUGAACAUGGGCAAAUAUUUGGAGAGGUACUAGUAUACAGGAAUCCUGGGCUUCAUUUUGGUGAUAUCCAUAGACUACGUGCUGUCCCUGUGAAGAACCUUGGAGACAUAGUUGGAAAUGCUAAAUAUGGAAUAUUUUUCUCGACAAAAGGUCCAAGAUCUGCGGCCACUGAAAUUGCUAAUGGCGAUUUUGAUGGAGAUAAAUAUUGGGUCUCUCAGAACCCCCAGCUGUUAAAAUAUUGCACUGCAAGUGAACCGUGGAGCCGAACCUAUUCAACGCCAAAGACAUUGCAUAGGGAGCCCAACAACUUCUCUGCGGAGGAAAGGGAGCGUGAACUCUUUCAGACAUUUCUAGAAACUAGGAUGCCAAACUAUAGCAUGGCUGAGGCUUCUGCUAACUGGUAUGCGCUCAUGGAUAGACUUCUGACAUUGGGGAAAAAUAACACUACCAAGAAUGAAGAGACGAGGUCCGUGACAGAAAAGUUGGUUGAGUUGAUUCAUUUGUACUAUGACGCUAUAGACGCCCCAAAAAGUGGGAAUAAGGUCUACAUACCAAAGAGGUUGAAGGUAGACAAGUUUCCACAUUUUUUGCAAAAGAAAGGAAGCUAUCACUCUACCUCAGUCUUAGGAGAAAUUUAUGACCGGGUUGAUAAAUUUAAAGCUGAAGAACCAACUGCUGUAGAAAUUAAGAAACUUUCGGCUUUUGAGGUCGCAAUCCCCAAGCCAUGCUUGAGGUUAUGGGAAGAAAGGUACAGAAAUUACAGACGUGAGAUGAUGGAAGCACUGAACACCAGCAGUGAAUCGAAAAAUGACUUGGCUGACCAGGUUAUCAAAAAGUACAAACAGCUGCUAUAUGAAGCACCGGAUAUGGAGGAGAGCAUAAGGAGUAAAUCGGACAUAUUUAACGAUGCGCUUGCUAUUUAUCGUGUGACUUAUGAUUAUGCAAAAGCUAUAGGCGACAUCAAAAAAUGUGGUUUUGCAUGGAAAGUUGCAGGUUCGGCCCUUUGUAGGCUUCAUGCUGAGCUCCAUGCUAAAACAUAAA